CUUGGCUGUUAACAUUUAUAACUAUAAUACAAGAAUAUUCUGAAAAGUUACAAAUUUUUGAGCAAAGUUUGAAGCAGACUUCAUACAUUUUUCAAAUCUUGCUGAUUGUCUUAUGGGGGAGAGUUCAUCCAAGAUGGCUGCUCCUGUCAUCCUUAAUGCUACUGCCAAGCACUCAGCCACUAUAAUCUUCCUGCAUGGCCUUGGAGACACUGGACAUGGCUGGGCGAGUGCCAUGGGAGAAGUCAGCAUGCCACACAUCAAAGUCAUCUGUCCAACUGCCCCUGUGAUGCCGGUGACGCUGAACGCUGGCUUCAAGAUGCCUUCUUGGUUCGAUCUGACGUCUCUGGAGUUGGAUGGACCGGAAGAUACUCAGGGCAUCAAGGCUGCUCGGGACAAAAUCCACCAGCUUAUUUCUCAGGAGGUUCAGAGCGGCAUCCCAUCGUCGCGCAUUAUGCUGGGAGGUUUCAGUCAGGGCGGGGCGCUCUCUCUGUACUCUGCCUUCACCCACAAGGAGCCUCUGGCUGGCGUUAUUGCGCUCUCCUGCUGGCUGCCGCUCAGGGCAGAGUUUCCUCAAGCGGCUGUAGGAAACCUUGACACCCACAUUCUGCAGUGUCAUGGCGACUGCGAUCCUGUGGUGCCCUACAAGUUUGGUCAGAUCUCUUCUUGUCUCGUCAAGAAAUUUGCUCCCAACAUCGACUUCAAGACUAUUCCUGGCAUGAUGCAUUCUAGCUCUGAAACUGAAAUGAAAUCAGUGAAGGAAUUCAUCAGAGCGCGUUUGCCGGAUUUAUAAGAACUGCUCUGCUAACAUCAAGCAGUUGACCAGCGCCAUCUUUUGGGAGGCUUGUCUUGUCUGCUGAGGGCCUCUCUGUUGUCUGCUGAGGGCCUCUCUGUUGUCUGCUGAGGGCCUCUCUGUUGUCUGCUGAGGGCCUCUCUGUUAUCCACUGAUAGCCUCUCUCUGUUGUCUGGCUUUUUCUACUGCAAACUCCCCUUCAUUAUCCUCACCCCGGCCAGUAAACUGUUUGAUGUCCCUUAAAACUACCUCUCUUAGAACCUGCUCAAACUUUUAUCCGUGAUCACAGAUACAAUGUUCUUAUGCUAUAUUUCAUGCCAAACUAAUUGCCUGUUGUAUUUAAUUUUUCCGCAAUUUCACCGACCCUGAGCGAAUAUUCCACUCGCAGACUGGCAUUUAUUUCAAGGAUGUUCCCCUCAAGCUUUCUUCAGGAUUAUCAAAAGCCUCAAUUACAUGGAAUAAUAUUUAAUUUGAAUGCAGUGUUCCUGCUCUCCGUUUGUUGUUGACAACGCAGUGACCUCUGAAUUUAGGUGAUUUUUAUUGUGGUUAUGUAGAGUUAAUUUUUGCUUCAAGGAUCAUUACAGCUUUUGAGUUAUCGAACGUGCGAAUUGUUCAGGUGUUGUCUCUUUAAAGUUUGGAGAACUUCAGUAAUCAUGCUGUACAAAGUUUGUAGUCUGAAAUUUCAUACAAUAUUUCGCCUACUGCCACUUAUUUCGUUUGUUGCAAGUAAAAACAUUUGCUUCAUGUUAUAAAUGUUCUGCUUGUAAUUACAUAAAUUCCCAGAACUGCCAGUUAUUUCAUUAACUAUAAGUAUGCAUUGGCUGCAAGUAACAACCUGCAUUUGCAGUUUUUACAUGAUCUGUAAGUAGCCACUUGUACCUCGAAUUAUGAUUUACUUCUGCCUCGACCUGGACAACGCUCACCACUCAGACAUGCGUUUGGUUACAAUCUUUAUCUCAAUAUAUCACGUUUUUCAGUGUAACUAUACCAUCUCGAAUUAUUUUGAUCUAUAAAAGUUCUGAUCUCACUAUAUCGUGAAUCUCAAUCCGCAUAAGUUUCAGUAAUGUGAAAAUUUUCCGCGAUUUUCAGUCUAUGUGAAAAUUUACCGCGAUAUCGAGCUGUAACAUGAACUACAACUGCAAGUAAUUGAAGGCUAUGUGCAUAUCUUACAAGAACUAUUAUAAAGCGUUACAAAAUCUAUUUACAAGUGUUGCAAGAACUAUGUAACGCUUGGCUUCCUGUCUGGACCUAUAACGGUCAAAUGAUUUGGCCCCGCAAUUAACGUGUAUU